UACCAAGCCGGUACUAAAAAAAAAAAAAAGUUACGGUUCCACGUUUUUUUAAGAACCGGGUACCCGGUCAACCCGGUUCUUGAUGCGCAAGGUGCGCACGCAGUCGCGUCCUCGUUAUAUAAGCACUGAGACAUGGCGACCGGCGGUGCUGCUGAUGCAGCGGCGGCUCAGAAUCCACUUGUUGAGAAGAAAGGAGGAAAGAGCCACGUAUGGAGAUAUUUUGGGUUUGCAGCUGAUGACAAGGGUAACAUUAUAGAUCCCCAAAAACCAGUUUGCAAAAGAUGUCACCGAAGUUUUCUCUCAAGAGGAGGAAACACUUCAAACUUAAUAAAGCACCUUAAAGACAGGCAUCCGGAUCUAAUGAGAGAGUUUAAGCAGCUGCAGACUGAGGAUGAUCAUCAAACACCUCAGCAAACUCUAAAACAGACAACAGUUACAGAUGCUUUUCAGCAGCAGCAGAAAUAUGACAAAAACUCACCUGAAGCAAGAAAACUUAACCGAGCUGUUGCAGAAUUUUUAUGUACAGAUCAAGUGCCCAUUUACACGGUUGAAAAACGUGGAUUCCAGCAAAUGUUUAAUGUUAUAAGAAAAGUGUGUUAAGUAAUUUGUGUGUUUUUGUUUAACUUUAUUAAUAAAAAAUAGUGUUUUGUUUGAAUAACAUGUUUUUGUGUUUUGCUUUGGUACCGGAAUUGGUACCGAGAACCGUGAAUUUUCACUGGUAUCGGUACCGAAUACUGAAUUUUUGGUACCGUGACAA